AUGAAGGCUCUAUCUAGCCAUAUAAAAAUAAGAAAACGUCUUAUGUUUGGCAGAAAUACUACUAGUAACAGACUCGCUCUCGAUAGUAUGACGGUGGCAACAAAACCAAUAAAUAGAUCCUUAUCGUUAGUAACGGCAGGCCGUAGUAGCAUUAGUAAUGGUGGUACAUCAGCAGUACCGGAUUAUCCAAAUAUUAGACGAAAAGGUUCGACAACAACCACAAUAAUUGUCAAAACUGAUGAAGACUUAUGGACAGUUAAAGAUGAACAAGUAACCGGUGUGAAGUGGCGAGUACUACCAGUUAGAAGAGCCAUACCAAUCAUCAUGGGUGCAAACAUCGGUACAUCCGUGACAAAUACUUUAGUUGCUUUAACACAUUCGAAAAAGCGAGACGAAUUUCGACGAGCGUUCGCUGGAGCAACCGUCCAUGAUAUGUUCAAUUGGGCAACUGUACUGAUACUUCUUCCGCUAGAGGUUUUUACAGGUUUACUCUAUCAUCUUACUCGUGUAUUAACACAAUCAAUUGGAAAGCAUCAAAAUGCUGGUUCUAAUCAAGAAUUUCUGAGUGUCAUUACAAAACCUAUAACUGAACGAAUUAUUCAAAUAGAUAAACAUGUUAUUCAAGAUAUAGCCAUCGGUACAGCUGAUCCGUCAACAUCAUUAAUCAAACGUUAUUGUCAAAUCAAUCAAACAUUAAGUUCUAUUCAAGAAAAGAAUAUUACAAAUGUUGCUUUGAAACAUUGUAAUUUUAUAUUUGCUAAGUCAAAAUUACCAGAUUGGAGUAUUGGUCUGAUUUUAUUAAUAUUAUCGAUUUUAUCAUUAUGUGUCUGUCUUGUACUAUUAGUCAAAGUAUUACAAUCUAUGUUACAAGGUGCUAUUGCCAAUAUUAUUCGAAAAACGAUGAAUGCUGAAUUACCAGGACCGUUACGCCAUCUAACGGGUUAUCUAGCCAUGCUGAUCGGUUGUAUACUUACAAUCUUUGUACAAAGUAGUUCCAUAUUUACAUCAACGUUAACACCCCUUGUUGGUCUGGGAAUUAUCACCGUCGAACGUGUCUAUCCAUUUACUCUUGGUUCAAAUAUAGGGACAACAAUAACGGGAAUCAUGGCAGCAUUAACGGCUCAUUCGCCUAUAGAACUUCAAAAUUCAUUGCAAAUUGCACUUUGUCAUACAUUCUUCAAUAUAUUAGGUAUUGUUCUAUGGUAUCCUAUACCAGUUCUUCGUAUGGUUCCAAUUAGAUUAGCUAAAAAACUUGGAGAAACAACAGCAGUCUACCGAUGGUUUGCAGUAAUUUACAUACUUUUAACAUUUUUUAUUCUUCCGUUAAUUAUAUUUGGAUUAUCCAUGAUUGGAUGGUAUGUGUUGGCUGCUGUUUUGAUACCUAUUGUUCUAAUGAUCAUAUUUGCUCUAAUUAUGAAUACAUUAAUGAAGAAAAUGCCUGAGCGUUUACCAGACAAGUUAAAAACAUGGUCGUGGGUACCACGUCCUAUUCGUUCUCUCGGUUGGUACGACGAAAUGAUAUUCAAAAGAAUUAAUUUUAAGAAAUGGUUUGGAAAAAAGAGUACAAAAACUGAAGAAAUAAAUGAUGCAUUUCAAUCGGAUACGGAAUCAACGAUUACUAAUAUUUCUCGUGUGAAAGUUAUUACAACACAAUUUUAA